AUGGCGACAAGAACGUGGUCCGGGCGCUGCUGGACGACGAUCAAGCGCUUCCAGGAGGUGCCGGGCGCGGCGCUGCCUCGCGUCGUGGCCGACCGCACGCAGUACCUUGCGGCCGAGGCCCUCCUCUUGGAGAAGGCGAAUCCACGGAAGGACCACUGCAAUGGGCCGCAGUACUCGGUCUUUUUCUGGCCCAAGUCGGCACGCAUCCUCGUCGUCGACCUCGCGACCGGCGUCAACGCGCUUCGGGACGCCGUUCGCAACCGUUCGGUUGUUGAUACUCUUCUCGGCCAACCGUCGAUCGAGGCCCUUCUGGACGCGCUCCUGCUUCGGUUUGCUGACCGCUCCAAGCCCGACCUCGAUGCGUCGUACGGAAAAGCCUUGCACCUGCUCCGCGACGUCGUUCGGUAUACCAAGGACGCCGAUGCGUUUCCGGGCGUCGCGUCGGCCAUCUCGGCUCUCAUCGCCUUCUUUGGCUGGGAGACGCUCUCGGUCUCGCUGCACGCCAUGUUGCGCCGCUGGAGCCAGACCGCGCGGGGCCUCCACUUGUGCUAUUGCCUCGUCGCCAGCUUGGCCGGCGCCGCCGAGUCGCCCAUGUGCGCGCGCAUUUCGCAGCCGUUCGCGGUCGAGUGCAUCGUGUCGCUGUGGUCCCAACUUGCGGCCGAGACGGCUGCAUGA